AUGUCAUCGCACGCUGACGGAAGAACCCGUGCCAGACUCGCGUGCGAUCGCUGCCGAGUCUCCAAAUCCCCCGACAGCCGGACGCAGGAGGAGCGCUUACGCCGAUUGGAGAGCAAUCUCGACCGUAUCAGUGGCCUGGAGUCAAAGAUUGACCAGCUCUUGAGUCAACCAAUUGGCUCGCCUACGGUCCCAACAUGGUCGCACGAUGAAGCACCGCUGUCCGAGCUGGGAAAUCAACGGCGAGAGCCAGACACUGGUGCUGUGCCGCCAGACCUGCUUGCCUCUAUCACUGACAUCUACUUCGACCGCUGCGAGUGUCAGCCGCUGCCCUUGUUGGUCCGAUCCACCCACUUCCCUGAUGAAGUAACCUUUGGGAUUGUCGCCGUGGCCGCACGCUACUCCACACAUCCAUUCUUCAACCAAGAGUCAAGCCCGGAAGUCUUCAAUCGAAAGGCUCGCACCAUUUUGUUCAAGGCCCUCGAGACCAACGAGGCGACACUGUCAACCAUUCAAGCCGCCUGUUUAAUCUCCCUUGCAGACUAUCUUGAUGGCUUGACUCAACGCGCGAACCUUACGGUUGGCAUAGGGAUACGCCUUGCAUAUUCACUGGGGUUUCUGAAACCGAGAGCUCUUGACAACAUAUCCGAAGACGAAACCAUCUCCCGUUGCUGCUGGUCGCUUUUUGCCUUGGAAAAGCUAUUCUCUUUAGCAUCUGGAGAGCCUGUACCUCUAUUGGACGAGAAUCAUCUGCCGAGAUAUCCAACCUCACCAGAGGUACCGCCAAGCGCGAGAUCCAGUCUUGGUUCAACCUCCGAGACUCUGGUCGACCUCGGCAUCAUUGCAUAUUGCCUGCAGCUCACAGUAGUAUGGGGCGAAGUAAUGAAGCACGUCAUGAAACGCAAGCGGUCUGGCACUUCCCAGAUUCCCUGGGCUGCAGACUCGGAAUACAACCAAAUCAUGUCUCGGUUCUUGGAUUAUGAGGCUGUCUCUGUCAACCAACAUCGAUGGCAGCUUGUAAACUUCCCGCAACAGGAACCGGCCGACCUCAAGACGUACAGAUCAUACUGGGUUUCGUGGCUGCUCAUGCAGUUUCUUUUCCACUCUUGCUUGGCGCUGCUGAACCAUCCCGUACUCUUUCUCGCCGGGGGUCCACCGACUUUUGUACAGCUCCCACCGUCAUUUGCACAAUGCCUCUCAAACCAUGCUCAACUCCACUCACGCUGGAUAGCCCAUUUUGCAGACAUUCUCCGCCAGAAGGGCCUCGAGGUCACUGAUCCAUUUUUGGCAUAUGGUGCAUCCAUCGCUGCGACGAUCCACGCUUUCUAUGCCGGCUCGAAGAACGAGGACGUCUCUCUGCGGGCCAAAAAGGACUUUUUCCUUUGCCUUGAACUGGUGAGAGGACUGAGCGUUAAACUACCUUCUGUUCGGUAUCUUGUCCACCGUCUUGAGCAGCUGCAACAGAGUAGCCAUGCGCUGAAUGGCUUGCCCGGUGAUCACGAGAAUCUGUCUCGAACCACUUACGCAAGCAUAUUCUGGUCCAUCGUACAGUACUCAAACCCGCCCAAGGUUCAUGAGAGUGGUCAGAAUGAUGUGAGCUUCAUCGAGCCGCCUUCUCAAGGCCAAUUAUCCGAUGACCUUCUAGCCGACUAUCUUGGAAUUCUUCCUCCAUUCUCUUGCCCGGAUCUCGUUCAGUCAUUCGAUGAGUGGUCAAUGGGCAACCUGUAG